CUUUCACCACCACCACCACCACCACCACUACUACUACCAACAACAACAGCACUUGUACAUACGUGCCAUGUUCACGGCAUAAGCAGUAACCCGAUGGUGACGGUCGCCGUGGCCGGACGAGGCUCCAGCGGGCUCCCAAGCAGGCGUGGUGCCGGGGUUGGCCGCUGGCCUGCACCACAAGAGGUUUCAGGAAGACGCAUGUCAUGCAGCACCAUCUUUAUAUAUCCCAUUGCCUGCAUAUAUCCAUGCGCUCCCUCUUUCGUUGCAUACAUCCACAGUCACGGCCGACAAGCAGGCGUCGUCGACGUGGGUUGGUUGGUCGACGUGGACAAAUGCCUCCAUCCAACCACCACCACCACCACCACCAUCUACAUGUCCAUGGCUGACUACAGAAAAAUUCUCCUUAUGCGGCUUACUUGGACCUCGUUCCUCAGCAUCCAUCCGCACUUUUGGCCCCACCCGGUCCCGGUCAACCACCACCGUCUGUCUCACUGACAUAAACUUCUCAAACGCCACAGCAAACCCAAAUAUCCAAAAUACACGCAAAUCCAAAUCAUCAUUUUCGCGCAUGGCUACCCGAAGCCACACAGCAUGCAACAAUGCAGGGGGGGGGGUAUAGG